AUGCCUCAUAAGAAUAUUCUUGAUUAUGAUAUUUUCUCAAAACUUCCCAAUGAAAUUUAUUAUAAAAUACUCGCAAACAUCGAAGCAACGGAUCUCCUUGCUAUAACUUUGGCGAGCAAAAGAAUUUAUCAAAUAUUAAAAAAUGAUGAUUACGUUUGGCACUUGAUGUGUAAAAAUCAAUAUCCCAAGAAAAGGAUAUUAGAAGUUAAAGAAAAUAUGAUUUCAGAUAUAGCUACGAAGAAAGAAUUAAAAGAUAUUGAAAGAAAAAGAAACGAAAAAAGAAAUUCGACGACCAACGUAAGAAAAAGAGAAGAAAAGAAAGAAGAUGGAUUUACAUAUGGAUUUGAAGGAGAUAGUAGUAAUGAAUAUAAUGAAGAAUAUUGUAAUGGAGAAGAAUUUAGUGAAGGAGAAGAAAUUGAAGAACAAGAAGAAAAAGAAAAAGAAUAUUGUGAUGAACAGAAUGAAAUGAAUUCUCAAAAAAAUAUUAUUACUUGGAAAGAUUUGUAUAAAUAUUUAUCUAAUCCUAUCGUCUACAUGGCUAAAGAAAGAGAAAUUUGUUGGUUAGAUUGUUCCGAAGCACCAUUUAAUAGGCAUCAUUGGAGUACCGUAAUUUAUCCUGAAAGUGAAUGUGGAAAAGUUGUUUGCCUUAAUUACGUCUGGUUGUUUAAAAAUUAUCAAGAUCAAGAAGGAAAUGAAAAAGAAGAAAGAAAAGAAGAAAGAAAAGAAGAAAGUGAAAAAUUAAUAUCAGUAAAGGCCGAACUUUCCAGUCCAAAUUUAUUUAAAGAAAUUUCAUUAAAAAAUGAUUGGGUGGAACAUCAAUUAUAUCAUCAAAUUGUUAUUCCGGAGAUAAGAAAUAAUAAUGAUGGAAAAAAUUAUUGGUAUAAUGUUGAAUGCAAGAUAUCAAAUAAUGAUCGAUAUCAGAAGAGAGGUUUGUGGAUUGAUUAUGUUAAAUUAAGACAUCGCAAAAAACAAUGA